AUGGCCGGCCUUCAACCCGGGGCUGGCACCCCUCUCAGCGCCUCUAGCAGCGCGCCUCUCUUGGGUCGAACGGGGGCUGGGACGGGGACACCAAACACACUCAGCGGAGCGACGGGAGCACAGUCCGAGACGGGCGGCACCAACCGGCUCAUUACUGCCAUUAUCAUCAUCAUCGUCUGCGCCGCCCGCGAGGCAAAACACGCCGACAGCCUCACCAAGACCGACGCCAUCACCACCACAACCACCCGUGCCCUUGAGCUCCGGCCGCCCUCUCACCACGUUCGUCAUCUCAUCGAUGCGCCAGCACUACCGCCCUCGGCAACUUCCCUUCCGGUGGUGCUACCCAGCUCCCCACCGGCCGUUCUGACGCCGUCACCAACGCCGUCCUUCAUCCCGCCACCGCCGCCGGUCAUACCGGAAAGCAGCUUGCCACCGACGACGCCGACGCCGACGCCAACGCCGACGCCUUUACCCGGCGGCAUCGCCUCGCCGAGCCAGGCCGAGACCUCGGGCGGCGGCAACGGCGUCAAGCUGAUGCCCGCGCUGCCCAUCGCGCUGGGCUCCGUCGGCGGCGUGCUCAUCUUUGGGCUCAUCAUCGGCAUGCUGUACCGCAAGGGCCGAUGGCCGUUCCACAGGCGGCGCCACUUUGCGGAGAUUGACGAGCUCGAGGUUGAGAGGCAGCAGGAGCUCGAGAGGCAGAACAAGAUGAAGUGGGAUCCCCGGGUCACGAGGGCGUACCGGACGCAGGACGCGGGCGUCAACUUCUGA